CGAGAGAGGGGUGGGCACAAUUGGGACAGUUCCCUCCUUCCCAGCAGGGGAGUGUUUGAAAGAAAGGAGUGAAUGAUAAGAGACGGCUGAAGGAGAAGGAGAGAGAUCAGAAAGAGUUAAAAGAUGCAGAGGGCAAGACAAUAAGAGAGUGAACAAAAACGAAGACAAAUUCAGACAGCAAUGUUAUAAACACGGAAGACAGACCGAGGGAGGAUUCUGCUGCACCGCUGACCUGAGCAGGAUUACAUUACACUGCACUGCACACACACUUACGCAGAGGUGCGUGAUGCUGACAUCAGGUGGACACCAUUUGUGUGUGUUAUAUUUUUGAGCAGAUCACUCAGAGAGGGAGAGUGUGUGUGUUUACUUCGAGCUAGAGUCGCAUAGUGUGUGUGUGUCAGCCAUGAGGAGGAUGCUGGCUCUCUUCUGCUUAAUUUCACUGGCAGCACCUCCAACGAACGCAUGGAGACCAUCACAACCACGACUGCACUUCCAGCACUCAGAGCUGGUGCGGAGCGGCAGGCUCAUGUCUCUCUUGUUGCCUGCUGGGGAUCUGAACUCUCUGCUGCCAGAUGAAGAUGGUCGUCGUCUAUAUAUCGGCAUGAAAAACCAUCUGCUGUCCACCAGCUUGGAUGAUAUUACUCAAACCCCCCGCAAGAUAUACUGGCCUGCAAGUCCGGAUCGGAUUCAGAACUGUAUCAUGGCUGGAAAAAACCAGCAGACGGACUGUGGAAACUUCCUGCGUGUGUUAGAGCUGUAUAACCAAACACAUCUUUAUGCCUGUGGGACUGGAGCGUUCAACCCUCGCUGUGCCUUCAUCCCCACCAACCUCUUCCUCAGGGCUGAGGAACAAAUGCUGCAGUAUGAAGACACCGAAUCCGGUAAGGGAAAAUGUCCUUAUGACCCUCACCAGAGAACAGCUACCGCCAUCAUAGAUGGAGAGCUGUACGCUGGCAUCUCAUCUGACUUUCUAAGUCAUGACACUGCUUUUAUUCGGAGUCUGGGGGAGCGACAUGCCAUUCGCACUGAACAAUAUGACUCUACAUGGCUGCAAGGCGCUGAAUUUGUGCAUGUUGCAGCGAUGUCAGAGAGUGAUAAUGAGGAGGAUGAUAAGGUCUACGUGUUCUUUACUGAGCGCGCACAGGAAGCAGAGGGGGCUGUUGGGAAGGUCCUCUAUUCUAGAGUCGCCCGCGUCUGCAAGAAUGAUAUUGGUGGUCAACGUAGUUUGGUUCAUAAAUGGAGCACCUUUCAGAAAACUCGUAUUAUUUGCUCCGUACCAGGACUCGAUGGCAUACAGACACACUUUGACAAACUCGAGGAUAUUUUCAUUCAGCAUGGGAAGGAUAAAAAGAACCCCCUCAUCUAUGGGCUCUUCACCACUACCAGCAAUGUCUUGAAUGGAUCUGCUGUGUGUGUUUACCGCAUGCAGGAUAUUAUUAGAGCUUUUAAGGGAAAUUUCCUUCAUAGGGAGGGUCAACAGUACAAAUGGACGGAAUAUACAGGCAGAGUUCCCUAUCCUAGACCUGGCACAUGUCCCAGCAGCACAUAUGGAGGGUUCAAAUCAACAAGGGAAUAUCCUGAUGAGGUCAUCUUUUUUAGCCGGACGCAUCCUUUAAUGCAGGAAGUUGUACGUCCUCUUGGAGGUCAUCCUUUGCUCAUCAGAGUGGGCGUGCCCUAUAAACUGACCCGCCUCCUUGUGGACAGAGUGGAGGCGGUGGAUGGACAAUAUGACGUGCUGUUUAUUGGUACAGAUUCGGGCUUGGUUCUGAAAGCUAUUCACCUGCCAAAAGCCAACAGACAGAAUCAGGAAAUCACUCUGGAACAGCUUCAGGUUUUUAAGAACAAGUCACCAAUCACUGCCAUGACGCUAUCCAAGAAAAAGCAGUGGCUGUUUGCUGGAUCAGCAGAGGGUGUGGUUCAGUUGGGUCUGUUCCACUGUGAUUUGUAUGGCCAAGCCUGCGCUGAAUGCUGUCUCGCUAGAGACCCAUAUUGCACCUGGGAUGGCCACUCUUGCAGCCCUUACAUGCCAAAUGCACGCAGAAGAAAUAUUCGUCAGGUUAAUGAUGACGGCAACCCGCUGAACCAGUGUGUCAGACAAGGAGCUGGUCUUCAGGUGGACGCAGAGGAGAAGACACAAGUUGUUGCCUUGGGUAAUAGCACAUACCUGGAGUGUCUACCCAAAUCUCACCAUGCCACAGUCACCUGGUUUAAAGACAUCGGCGAUAACAGCUUGGAGCAGCAUAAGGUCACAUCUGGAGAGCAGCUGGUUGUCAUUGACAGGGGCAUCCUCAUUCCCCGGGCUGAGCUCAAUCACGGCGGCAUUUAUCAUUGUCAGCUCGAAGAGCAUGGAUUCCGUUGGACAGCCGUCACCGUUCGUUUAAUUGUGUGGAGCCCCACCCUGCACCCCACCCUUGUCUCCGCCCAGCCAUGGUACCAAGAUGUGAUGGCACUGAUCAACCAUGGCAAACUGGAGCGACACUGCAAAGAACUCAGUCAGCGCCACAACAAGAAGGAAUCAGGGAACCACAAGCAUAACAAGCAGGACAGAAAGAGAGCGGACCGGCCCAGGCACAGAGGAGGGGGAGAGAAGGAGAAAGGAAAGGGGCGGAAGAACCGGAGCCGAAUGCAGAGUUCAGCACAGAGGCUGCCGAGGAGCGCAUAGACCCAAUCACAGGUGUUUACAAAGCUGCUCGAAACAAAAGAAUACGACAAAACAUGCAAUAUACAGUAUAUACACAGUACAUAUACACAGCAUCAUAACAGCAGACAUUUGCUUUGUUUCAAAACCUACUGAGCUGCCUGCAUGCAGGUUUCAAAAAAAUACAUGCAAGAUGGGGGAUGACAAAAAUUGUAGCACUGUUUCCUCAAAAAUAUUAAUCAGCACAGCUGAUUUCAUAAUUGAUAGUAAUAAUAAAUGUUCCUUGAUAACACCAUAUCAGCAUAUUAGAAUGAUUUAUGAAGGAUCAUGUGAAGACUGGAGUGCGUUUUAGAAAAUAUAUUUAAAUAGAAAACGUAUAUUUUAGGUAUUUUACUGCAUUUUGAUUAACUAAAUGCAGCCUUGGUGAUCAUAAGACAUUAUUUCUUACUGACCCUCAAACUUAUUAACGGUAUUAUAAUUUAAAACAUAUUAUUUUACCAUAUAUUUUGUCUAUGUUAAGACAUGCUAACUGAAAAAUUCAUUGCAUGUCAAAAAUAUGUGUGUUAUCCAGAAUUGUAGAGUGUCAGAUCUCCCAAUGAGCUCAGUAACAAGUAGAAUGCUGCCUAUGUAGGCAGUGAGGCAGCUCACUGGGUUUUGAAACAAAGCUAGUAUCUGAAUCAUAUGAAGGAUUGUCGCCAAGCAUAUUAAGAAUGAACAGCUAUAGGUGUGGUGAAAAAGAAGUGUUUACUUUAAUAUCAAAAACCAACUGAUUAUUUCAGGACUGUGUUAAGCACAUUUGAUAAAUCUUUAAAAGCAAGGGAGUGUCCCCAAAUUAUCCUCUGUUGAAUAAAAGAUAAAUCUUCCAAAGUUAGGGAGCAUCUUAAAAUGUUCUUUGUUUAAAAAGACUUCAGUGUUGAUGGCACUUUUUCAUCUGUACUGAAAUGCAUUGCCUUAUUUAUCUUUCAUGGUAUUUAUUUUCCUUGUGUUUUUGUGCUUUUUUUGUUUAUAUUGUCUUGCAUUUUAAGUGUAAAAAUUGUACAUGGUAUUAUUUCUUUUUAGUUUUUAAAUACAGUGUAAUUCUUUUUCUGAUGUCACUCAUUAAGACAUUUAUUUAAAUAAAUGAACGAAAGAAUAAGUCCCAAAAUGCAGCAGAUCCUGCAGGAUGAUGAACGAUGUGUUUCUCUGGGGAUAGACGGAGACACAAAGGGUGUGUUAUUUUACUGGACUGAAAUGGCAGCUACUUUCUUCUGCACAUGGACGAUGCAUGACUGCCAAGAGGUUUGGCACCCGCCCUGAAAGGCCUCCAUUCAGAAGGAUGGAAAACCAAAAAAAUAAAUGACGAAAAAUGGAUUUAAAGGCUUUAAAGUACUGUAUAAACAGAGAGAAGAGGAACAAAUUCAAAUGCGGUCAGACCCAAACCACAUGACAGAGACAGAAGCAGUGAUCUGUGUAUAUGUUGGAGCAACUCUGUUCAUCAGGAGACUCAAACAAAACUCAAAUGUUGUUAACAGUCUUAAAAUAAACAAAGAAAAUGUAGAAUAGAUGUUGUCCUGUAAAUCCUGCCCUCGAUUCUUUAAACCUUGUGAAUCGUGUGACUUUGUUUUACCUUUAACUGUAAAUCUGGUUUUCAUUAAUGGACUUUCAACCUUGAAUAAAGUGUUUUGGAUGACUCUCAUGAAAUCGAGAGAAUAAGAACGGAA